AUGCCAGAGGAGUUUUUGCUCUCGCUCUCCUCCACACACCAUGGCCCCCAUGCUACCAUUGCUACUGUCCAGACUAGCAAUUUCGUUGAUGAACUAUUGCCUAAAUAUUCCAGCCCUAAUGAAAGUUACGGUCGUAGUCUUGGUGGCGGCGGCGGCGGCGGCGGCGGCGAUGAAUGCGGAACUGGGGAUUCGGAAAUUUUUAACUACACACACAUUGGCAGGGAUGAGAAUAAGUUAAUAUUAAUGUAA